UUGCAAAAUUUUAAUAUUAAUAAAAAUAUGUACGUUCUUCGAAAAUCAAAUGAACAAGAUACGAGAUUAUAACUUACAAGAAAAUGAAGAAACUUAUCAGUCACAAAUAGCAGUGAUGUAUCGACAAAUAUUUGAACCCUAUGAAUAUAAUGAGGAGUAAAAUGCCACCAUUUCGAAGGAAAAAAUCUGGAAAAUCUUUUCCUGUUAAAGUCUGUACAUUGGAUGCUGAAUUGGAAUUUAGUUUAGAGUGGAGAUCAACAGGAAGAGAUCUUUUCGAUUUAGUUUGUCGUACAAUAGGAUUAAGAGAAACAUGGUAUUUUGGACUUCAGUAUGAAGAUGCUAAAGGAUUUAUAUCUUGGUUAAAAUUAGAUAAAAAAGUACAAGAUCAAUGUAUUUCUCAACAACCUACAACACCUUUCAUGUUUUUGGCAAAGUUUUAUCCAGAAGAUGUUGCUGAAGAAUUAGUGCAGGAAGUAACUCAACAUUUAUUUUUUCUACAAGUGAAACAAGCUAUUCUUUCGAUGGAUAUUUAUUGUCCACCAGAAGCAUCUGUAUUAUUAGCUUCUUAUGCAGUACAAGCAAAAUAUGGAGACUAUGAUGAAGUUUCAUAUCGUCCAGGAAUGCUUGCUAGCGAAGAUUUAUUGCCACAAAGAGUUAUUGAUCAAUAUCAGAUGACACCUGAAAUGUGGGAGGAUAGAAUAAAUUGGUAUGCUGAUCAUCGUGGGAUGUCUAGAGAUGAAGCAGAAAUGGAAUAUCUGAAAAUUGCUCAAGAUCUUGAUAUGUAUGGUGUAAAUUAUUUUCCUAUUAGUAAUAAAAAAGAGACUGAUCUUUGGUUGGGAGUCACAGCCUUGGGAUUAAAUAUUUAUGAAAAGGAGAACAAAUUGGCGCCGAAAACAACAUUCACAUGGUCGGAGAUACGACAUAUCAGUUUUGAUGACAAGAAGUUCGUAAUAAAGCCAGUGGAGAAAACAUCGCCGAACUUCGUGUUCUUCUCGCAGAAAGUUAGGAUGAAUAAACUGAUUCUGGACCUGUGUAUUGGCAACCACGAUCUGUUUAUGAGGAGACGCAAACCUGAUUCCAUGGAAGUGCAGCAAAUGAAAGCACAAGCCAAAGAAGAAAAAUCAAGGAGACAAAUUGAAAGAAAUAAAUUGGCACGAGAAAAGCAACUCAGAGAAACAGCAGAAAGGGAAAAGGCUGCUAUGGAACAACGACUUUUACAAUAUCAAGAAGAAAUUCGUUUAGCAAAUGAAGCACUUAGAAGAUCUGAGGAAACUGCAGAUCUAUUAGCUGAGAAAAGUCGUGUAGCCGAAGAGGAAGCAAUGCUAUUAAGUCAGAAGGCUUCAGAAGCGGAACAAGAAAUUACACGUAUACGAUUGAACAAUAUGAAGACAGAAGAGGAAAAAGUUCAUCUUGAACGAAAAACUAGAGAAGCAGAAUUGUUGACAGAAAGACUGGUACAAGAAUCUGAACGAAGAGCUGCUGAAGCAGAAAAAUUAAAAGAUGAACUAUUACGUGCACGUAUUGCUGAAAAGGAAGCAAAAGAAAAAUUACUAGAAUUUCUUAGUAGAAAUGCUUAUACUGCAACUAUAACUCCCGUGCCAAACAUAUUUCCAUCGACGCAAGUACUUCCAUCAGAUUUGCAAGCAGAUCUUCAAACAUUACAAUUGGAUACAGAACCUUUGCCAACUGAUCUCACUUCUUACGAUCUGAUUGCCGAUGGAGAUGUCGAUCAAUUAUCUUUAGAAAUUGAGAAAGAAAGAGUUGAUUACUGGGAAAAAAGUAAACAUUUACAGGAACAACUUAGAGAAUUGCGCACAGAAAUUGAAGUUAUGAAAGUUGGAGAAAAACAGUGCGAAUUGGACCAAUUACACGAAGAACAAGUGCGACUCGGUGAGAAUAAGUAUAGUACAUUAAAGAAAGUAAAAUCUGGAUCCACCAAAGCCAGAGUUGCAUUCUUUGAAGAAUUAUAGUUGAUGUAUUCCUAAGAGAUCAAAAAAUUGACAAACUCUAUGGAGAGAAGUUGAAUAUACAAUGAAAUAAAUCUGAUGAAUCUGAAUCUCAUAAAUACGUACGUAUGUAUACGUUCUAGAAUACUAAAACGUACGCUUUUUGUUGUAUAUUAGUAUUAGUUUUAUUAAUAUCCCAAUAUUUGCGAUAUCAAUAUAAUUAGUAAAUCAUACUCAUACAGUAAAUUGUCUUUUGAA